AGACUACGUACGUAACACAAUCGUUUCGAGUCGAUGAAACGUUGAACUUGAAAGUCGAUGCAAUUGUUGUUUAUUUUUUCCUUCCUGAAUUUUGUGAGUACGAAGGUCAAUACCGAUCAAAACAUUUACGUGCUGGUGGGAUCUAACUCAGCAAACCAUCGCUAUAAAACAAAAAAUCCUGAAUUCUGUGAGCACACGAGGGUCAAGAGUGAUCAAAGCAUUUACUUAUUGGGGUGGGAUGCAUGUCAAUAAACCAUCGCUAUUAAAACAAUCUUAAUUUAGCAAUCCUGAAAUUUGAUAAUUGCAUACUUGUAGUGCCUGUGCCUCCGCCUUGAUCUCAAAAUAAAAAAAAAAAUGUUGUCAAACUUAAAAUCAGUGAUUUUAGUGUUUGUCUCCCUUCACGUCACAUUUGGUGCCUCCAAUCCAGUAGACUACUCAAUACAAAUGAGUAAAAUUAAGGUGCUGACCCUCAACCAUGGGAAAAUGACUAACAGUAGACGGGUACCAGCUGUUCCUCAAUUGAAAUGUGUUGGAGGAACUGCUGGCUGCAGAGCAUUCAUUCCUCAAGUGGUGCAGUGUGAGAAUCAAGGAUCAGAUGGAAUUACCAUUCAAUGGGAGUGUAAAACAGACAUGGACAAUUCCUACCGCUUUGGAAAAAUUAUUGUCAUUUGUGAAGGAUAUGACUAUCCUGGCGAUCAUUAUGUUUUAGUUGGAUCCUGUGGACUCGAAUAUAAUAUCGAUUUGACUAAGGAGGGAAUCGACAAUCAUCCAAGUAUUCCGAUUAUUGAUAUCGGGCCACCAUCAAUCAACCAAGGAACAUCAACCGAGCUGUCGUCGUUGACCAUCUUUUUAAUCUGCUUUGGCGUGUUACUGUUUGUAACCGCGAUUUUUGGAUUAAUUGCAUGUAUUGUUUGCUCUGAAAGAUCUAGCUCAUACCAUGUGCAUUCUGAUGUGCCUUUCGCCAGACCUGUCCUUUAUCCGGUUUACACACAUAGACCAAUUUAUAGACCUACUACAGUUUAUGUGUCUAAUGAUCGAACUUCGACAGCCGGAAAUAGAGUCGCUUCAAGCAGUGGAACUCGAACUGCCUCGGGAUUUGGAGGAACGAUGAGUCGUUAAAUAUUUUCAAGCAUGGUCAUGUUUUCAAGUCACUAAACCUGCCCAUGCCCAACAAUCAAAUACCGUUUCUUUUCUGCCACACAAAAUUUCCUGCUCGUUUGAUAUAUGUUGACUUGCCUGCUUUUCCGUGGCUGUAAUUUCACUCAAAGCCGUUCGGCAAUUAUAAAUUGUUCUACCUAAUAAAGAGCCAAUAUAAAUUUAAAAAGUUGUAAUUCAGCAGUAAAAUUUACAAAAUUAACUCGUCUUCUUGCUUGGAUGACUCAUUGUUAGUUUAUAAACCUAGUCUACAAAUAAAUGAAUCCUGAAAUCUG